AUGCAACUGAUUGUAAUGACAUCAGAAGAUUGGCAAGAAGUGGUGGGGUUACUCGGCGCUGUGCUCCUAGCGAUUACAAAUGGAGCCCCAGCGGUGCCCACUCCGGCUCCCAUUCACACCGAUAAUCCCAAAUAUGGUGCAUUUAUGGAUGUCGUCAAGCUUCUCAAGCCAAUGAUGAACACGUCGGCCGAUCCAUGCAAUGACUUUUACGCCUUCACAUGCGGCAACUUCAACGGGGAUAUGUCUUUCGACGUUUCUGACAACGAGAAUAGCAUCAAAAUGGCUCGUCAAUUCAAAAAGCAAUACUAUCUCGAUGUUGCGCCUCAACCGGUAAACCAAGCUGCUUGGUACUUCCAACAAUGUCGACAAGCCAAUAUGAAUUGGAACAGCGUAGCCAAUGGUGCACCAACUGUCAGCGCGCUGAACGACAUGCUUUCAAUGACUGGUGUCCCAUUCCCGGCUCUCAACCAAUCAAUCAACAAUAUCUCUCCACUCACACCAACCCAAUUGGGUACCAUGAUCGGCUAUCUGGCCGGAAGCGAGGGUGUUUAUACUCUUCUUUCGCCAUUCGUUGACACAAACUGGAAGGACCCAACAGGACCACAGGGCUACGGUCUCUUCAUUGAUCAACCAACAACAAUCUAUCGCUCCACCUAUUACACAAAAGCCUGGGAUCUCAUCAGAAGCAACUACGUGGCAACCGUGCAAAAGAAUCUACAAAAAGUGGCGGCAGCGAUGAAUAUGAAUGCAUUGAAUCCGACAAAGCUGAAGAGUGACGCCGAGGCGCUUGUCGAUUUCGAGUUCAAUCUUGCCACCCAAUACAGCACCGACGACACUACCCGGCGAAAGUACCAGCGCAGUUACAAUCCGAUGACUCGAACCAAUGCCACCACCGCCUAUUCAUUCAUCGAUUGGAGAACGUUUUUGGCACAUUCAAUCAUCUCUGGCGGCGAUGAUGUCUACUACAAAGUCGUUCACGAUCCAAAUUUCCCAUUCCUUCUCCUCGAACCAGGGCAAUUGUCGAAACUUCAGUCGGAUUUCCCAAGUUUCGAUCAACGAACAGUGAUCAACUAUUUGUACUAUCGUUUGGUUGAUGCUUAUUCAUCCUUUUUGACUCCGGAUUCAUCAUCGAUCCGAUCGGCAUUCGAGGAGGCCUGGGAGCAGCCUUACAUCUACAAACCGACACUCGGACGCCCACGACAUCUUCGACCAGAAGAAAGGAAAUUCAGACGUCAACAUUGGACUGAUGAUCAAAUGUUGGACAUCAAUUGCGCUCAAGAGACCGUCUUUAUGCUACCUUACGCAAACGCCCGUGCUUUUGUGGAUGCGGUUUUGCCGACACAAAGCGAUCGUGACUCUCUUCGAUACAAUGUUCGACAAUUGGCUGAAUCGAUUCUCGUCGGUUUCCGUUCGAUGAUCGAUCAACUCUCGUGGAUGUCCCGAUCAACAAAACAGGGAGCUUUCGCGAAGAUCGAGAACCUCGUCAAGAACAUCGCUUUCCCCGAUUGGGUGGCCGAUGAUCAAAAGUUGACAAGCUAUCACAAGACGCUGAUGAUCACUCAAAAUGACGACUAUGUGACCAUGUUCAAAAAAUCGAAUGCUUUCAAUCUACAAAUGCAAUUCUUGUAUCUCCUUCGAUCAACGGGAUCUGAUCGAAUUGAUUUCAAUGGACCCCCGGGAACAACGAAUGCUUGGUAUCAACCGGAGCUCAACAGUAUCACUUUCCCGUUGGCCAUUCUCCGUCAACCAUUCUACGAUCCAAACUGGCCGGCUGCGAUGAACUUCGGAGCGAUGGGAGUGAUUGCUGGGCACGAGUUGACUCACGGUUUCGAUGAUGAGGGAGUACAAUGGGAUGGAACGGGAGCGUUGAAUGGAUGGAUGGACACCAUGUCCAGCUAUAGCUUCAAUGAGAUGGCUGACUGCGUUGUGCAAGAGUAUUCCGGUUUCUGUCCACUCCCCGCCAAUUACUCAGCUGCCGCCUGUAUUGAUGGAGCUCAAACGCAAGGAGAAAACAUCGCUGAUAAUGGAGGAAUCCAUUCGGCUUUCCGUGCUUACAAAGCAUUCGCGAACUUGAACGGCCCCGACCCGCUUCUCCCCGACGACGAGCUAUCGCAACUCACCGCCGAGCAACUCUUCUUCAUCGCUUUUGCUCAGGAUUGGUGUCAAUUGCCCCCAAGUCCCGACCGUGAGAUGAGGCAAUUGUUGGUGGAUGUGCACUCUCCAUCACUUUAUCGAGUUUUCGGAACCAUUCAGAACUUCCCCGCUUUCAAGACCGCUUACAACUGCCCGUACAACUCGAAAUACGCUCCCGAAAAGCACUGCAAUGUUUGGGUGAGCGAACCGAAACAAACGACCGGCAUUCCGCAGAUCAAAAACGACGUGAACGUGGCUCCCGCGCUGCCAAUCGCUCCACGAAAUCUCUCCGUUUAUUCAGCGUAUCAGCAAGCUGUCGAUUUCUUCCAAGCUUCCGUCGAUUUCACCCAAGAUCCGUGCAACGAUUUUUACAAGUACUCCUGUGGAAACUAUAAGCAAGUGGUGAGCUUCCAUUUGGCUGACGAGAAGAACAAAGCGGCGAUGGCCGCGAAAUUACUCGACCCAGCCUAUGCGCCGACGAUCCAGAGCUCAGCCGCCUUGCAAAAGACCCAGCAAUUGUUCCAAUCUUGCCAAAAAGCUGUGCCGACAAUGGCUAAUGAUUUGAAGAACUUGAAUCUCAUUCUGCCGAAAGUCAACGAGUUGAAGAAACGUAUUGGAGCUGAUUUCACGGCCGUUUACAGUCAAGGAAUGCCAGUCACAGUCGCGCCAACUCCCAUGCAAUUGGCCUCGGCUCUUGCCUAUCUUUCGUUCAUCGCCGGCGUGGAUACCCUCGUGACACCAAUGGUCGACACAAAUUGGGUGACGCCAACUAUGGGAUAUAUGCUUCACGUUGAUCAAAACACAGCCUACUAUUCGAAAUCGUACUAUCAAGGUGGAGCGUGGAACAUCAUCCAACCACAAUACCUCAGCAAUGCUAAAGCACAACUCACCAAUUAUGCAACAAGCCAAGGACUCACCCUCGAUCAAUCUCUUCUCAACUCAACGUUGUCUAAAGUGUUGGAAUUCGAGAGAACUCUCUCAACCAUGUACAGUACCGAUGACACGACUCGUCGCCAGUUCCAGCGCAGCUGGAACAAUGGAAAAACCGCCGAUUUGCAGGCCAACUACACUUUCCUCGAUUGGGGCGUUUACUUCACUGAUGUUCCAUCCGUUGGCCCGUUGGCUGCCGACAAGAUGGUGAACGUGAUUGAGACGGACAUGCUGAAGAAAUUGAGUCAAGACUUGGCCACAAUGACAACUCCCGAUGUGGUGGUGAGAAAGAGAAUU